GCGCGGCGCGGCUCGGCGGCCGGCGGAGAGCCGAGGACCUCUGUGGCGACCCCGGGGUGCUCGGAGAGGUCAGGGGACAGACGGAGGAUGCCACUGGAGUCGCCUUCCUCUUCCCUGCCCCAAGCCUUGCCUUCUCCAUUGCCCUCAGUACCCGACAGUAUUACCAGCUCCUCCCCUCCUCCAAUGUCGUAUGCCACCUCCCAGGAGAUGAAGUGUGUUCUUCACUGGUUUGCCACUUGGUCUGGUCCUCAGCGGGAACGUUUUCUCCAUGGCAUGGUAGCUAAAGAAGUGCCGGGAAAGCUGCAGUCCCUGCUGGAUAGUCUGGAGCAGCUUAGUGUGUCUGGGGCAAAUCGACCACCUUGUAUCUUUGAGUACCAGCUACGGCUUUGGGAUCAGUGGUUUCGGGGUUGGGCAGAGCAGGAACGCAAUAAAUUUGUCCAGCAGCUGGAAGUUAGUGAACCAGACUUUGUGGCAAAGUUUGACCAAGCAGCGGCUGCUACAACUGGAAAGGACUGA